CUUUCCAAAAUCGCAAUCCAGCGAGGGGACACCGGCAGUGGUGUCCACUUCUGUUCCAUUAGAAGGCCACCUUCGACAGCAGCAUUCACACCGGUUACUUAGCGACGCGAGCCGUCUAUUAGCGUGCAGAAGAAGGAGAGGGAGAGAGUGGUCACCAACUCGGAGAGCAGCAUAUAAAGCUUGACCCUUACGAGUCCCUGAUAUUCCGCCGACGGGUCGGGAAUGAGGUGCACAAUAUGGCCGUUGUGGCUGUCACGACUAUUAAUAUUAUAUUAUUUAUCAGUGCCGGUUAUAGUCAUUGCGCAGAACACCACCUGUUCAGGAACCGUAGUUUUAAAUGCAACUAAGGAAUUACAGUACUUGACAACUCCUAACUAUGAAUUGAGUUAUAAGUAUCCUCCUUUUUUAGAUUGCCGUUUUUUCAUAAAAGCGCCAGAUAAAACACGAGUUGUUGUAGAAAUAAUUGAUAUGGAAAUGGAACCCAGAAUAUUUGACGAAUGUUCUGAUUAUGUUGGUUUUGCAGAAGAUGUGACCGAGAAAAAUAUUUCAAAAAUGCUCACUCUUUGUGAAACUCUGACAAAGCGACAGUAUAUAUCAUCAACCAACACAUUGACCAUUAUUUUCCAGUCAGAUGAGCUUAUAGAAUAUCGAGGUGCAAGGUUAAGCUAUCAAUAUCACGAUAUUACCACUUGCCCUCCUGGUUGGACUGAGCUAUCGGACGGCAAAUGCGUGAGACAUGAGAUUGAUCAAAAGACUGACUGGAUCACGGCUCAGAAUCGUUGCAUGGAACAGCAGAGCAAUCUCAUCACGAUAGAAACUGGUGCCAAAACCACGGAACUUGAAAAUUUAUUUAAAAGUGUUCCCACGAGGUUUUGGACUGGAGACACGGAUGCAACAACCGAGGGAUUGCUUGUCGGAAUCAAUGACAGAGAAGCUCCAAACAUCCCAGGUCGUGAAUCCGGAAAUAGUUACACUGACAAUAACGACAAUAAUGAUUGCAUGACUGUCCACUUCGGUGAUAAUCAACCUUUUCGAAUGGAUGGUUGUGCGUCUUUCAAUGCAUAUAUUUGUGAGAUGAAGAAAGAUGGAACGACUGUCCUGUACCCGCCACCGGUUCAAAACAUCCAAGAUGGAUCCAACUCUCACAAUUCAGCAUACGCACUUUGGCUUUUGCUGUUUUUAAUUGGGUUACUGUUUUUGACAAUAAUGGCGUUUUUGUGUUUCAUGUGCUGGAAACAAAAGGACGCAAGAGUUCACACGGAAACUUCCGGCGUUCAGCAGAAUGCAUUCAUGAGCGAGACUACUCAUCGCAUAGAUCAACAAUCCAGAACAUCUGGAAAUGGGCAACAAAUUGCUCCAGUAGCAUCUUCGUCUGGCGGAGCCAACCGUACAUCUCGAAAUUCGCCAAUCAAUGUCCCUAUUGAAAACAAUAGACCAAUCAAGAAAUUUCCAAUGGCACCAGUUCCGAAUCGCUUACCAAUGGCUGAAGAACCAUCUGGAGGAUCGGAGCAUGUUGUGGAAACAGGCAUACUUGGAGCUAAUAAUGAUGAUGAUGUUGAAUCGGUCAGUGCUGCUCCGAGAGCUCAAACAAGAACACUCCCACCAAUGCCAACGAGAGAAGGAACGUUCCAGAGUAUUAAUACGAGAGAUGGUAGCACCAUGAGGACACGAAGAAAUAAAGAACUAUUUGAGCGACCUGUGAUGCAUGUUCUUGACAAUGUAUCUGCAAUAUCUCUAGAUGAAUUUUGGAGCAAUAAAAAACCCUGAGUGACCUGCAGCUCAAAAUGCCACUCGGUUUAGGGUUUUGUUUAGAUCAGCGGGUUUUAUGCAAUUUAUUAUUUAAUAACUAUUCUCACAUGGAUUUUUUGUUCUCAUCACUAACCAAACUGCCGAAAAUUCAUUUGUCUUUCUUUUUAUGAAAAUAUAUCAAUUUAUAAUUUA